AUGCUCUGGUUGGUGGAGGCAUCCUUCAGCAGGCUGAUAAUUCUAGUUUGUGCUGUGGUUACAGUGGUGCAGGGUGCGGAUCCCUGGGGAGUGACGUGCACUCCUACUCCGAUCUGUGCUGUAAAAGGAUCGAAAGUGCAAAUACGCUGCUCCUACAGGCACCCAUCCAGAAUAGAUGACCUUGAUGUUGCAGUGAAGAAAGCGUUCUGGUUUACUAAAGUGCAGGAUGGUGAACCUGUGGAUCUGAGAGAAGCCUCUGAGUACACAGGUCGUGUGAAGUAUGACUGUGGAAACAAGGCCUGCACUCUGACCAUCACAGACCUGAGAGACAGCGACUCAGCUGUUUACCAGUUCAGGUUCACAACAAACCACCUGACUGGGAGUUUUACUGGUUCACCUGGAGUCUCCUUGUCUGUCACAGGUGUCAAGGUGAUCAGCACAAAAAUGUCAGCUUGCUUGAUAGGGGACUGUUCAGAGUCAAGUGUGGAGUGUCGAACCAGUUGUUCUCCAACUCCCAGUCUGUCCUACAUCUGCAGUUACUAUCUAAUCACUAAGUCCUGGUUCGUUGCUGAGCGUAAGGAUGAGGAGCUGUAUCAUCCUCCAGCUGUGGACUUACUCAACGACCCAGAGUUCACAGCUCGUGUUGAGGUACUUGAUCCAGGGCAAGGGCUCUCCACUCUGAGAAUAAAGAACCUGAGACUGAGCGAUUCAGCCCAGUAUCGCUUCACAUUCAAAUCACAGUCGUUUGAAUGGAACAGAAGUUUCCCUGGCACAACUCUGACUGUCACAGAUGUUCAGGUGAUCUGGUCUCCGAUUGGUCCAACACUGACUUGUCACAGCAGCUGUCUUCUCUCUGGUCGUCCUUCCUUUGUCUGGUACGAGAAUGGAACAAAAAUUCCCGGGGAAACGUCUCCAACUUUCAAGGGAUUCCUUCACCCUGAAAACAACUAUUCCUGUUCUUAUGAGCAUCACCACUCGUCCCCUGUGUAUGCUCCGAAGGUUCCUUUAGUGCAGCUGAGUCAACCUGGAGACAUUCUGAAGGACAGCUCGGUGUCUCUGACCUGCAGCAGUGAUGCUAACCCACCCCCUGCAUACACCUGGUACAAGGAGAACCAGACUUUGCUCAACAGAGCAGCUCAGCUGGUUUUCAGCUACAUCCCAAUGUCUGACUCUGGAGAAUAUUACUGCACAGCUGAGAAUACUCUGGGGAAGACAGCGUCUAAAAGUGUCUUAAUAAAUGUGAAAUAUGCUCCACAGUCCUCCUCUGUGUCAGUGAGUCCCUCUGGUGAGAUCAUGGAGGGCAGCUCGGUGACUCUGACCUGCAGCAGUGAUGCUAACCCAGCAGCUAACUACACCUGGUACAAGGAGAACCGAGCUCUGCUUCAAGGACCAGAGGGCGUUUAUCAUCUCUCCUCCAUCAGCUCUGAGGACAGCGGGGUCUACUCCUGCAAGUCUGAGAAUCAGUACGGACGGAUCAACUCCACGUCUCUACACUUAGACGUCCAGUACGCUCCAAAGCCUCCCUCUGUGUCAGUGAGUCCCUCUGGUGAGAUCAUGGAGGGCAGCUCGGUGACUCUGACCUGCAGCAGUGAUGCUAACCCAGCAGCUCACUACACCUGGUACAAGGAGGACGAGGACUCACCAACAGAAUCAGGACAAAACUUCACCAUCACUAAUAUCACAGCUGAACAUGGUGGAAAGUAUCAGUGUGAGGCCCAGAACACACACGGACGUAGUAAGGCCACCUUACAUCUAGUUUUACCUGGAUCAUGGAAAUCAGCACUCAUUGGAUCAGCUGCUGCAGUUUUCCUCGCUGUGACUCUCCUCUCUGUGUUGCUACUGAUCAGGUGA